AAAUUUAUUAAACACAAACACAUAACAUACAUCCCUGAUAUACAGUAUAUGUCAAACACACCAUCUUCACUAAAGAGUCAUAGACUUGUGAUGUGAAUAAGAUUCAUUCAUUUUAUUACUUGUAUAGUCUAAAAAGACCAUUCAAGAAAAACUCGAUAGGAUACACAAUGCUGGAUCCUCUAGCAUAUGUCAGGAGAAAAUUAUGUUGAUAAGUUUUUAUUUGGGGAUGAAUUAUGCCUUUAAUGACAAUUAGAAAAAGAAAAAAAAAAGCACAAUAUAAUAUAUUAUUAUUCUUGUAGUUAAAUUUAAUGCAGCUGUUGAGACCUAUAUCAAUCCCUGGAGUGGCCCUCUGCAUGAGAGCAGCCUUGAAAACACACAAGUCACAAUAGUAAUAUUUAUUAUAUUUUUUGCGUGAUACCUGCACCGUAGAUUCUAUGUGUUAGUCUACUACUAAUUUCAGUUUUUAAUUUCUAAUAAAUUUGCAAAGUUGUUACAAACCAGUUUUUUUUUUCUUUGUCAUUAUGGUGUAUGGAGUGUAUUGAUGUGUGUGUGGGGGGGUUAUUUCAAGCAGUUUAACAUAAGGUUGCAACAUACCAAAAUGUGAAAAAAGUAUGUAUUAAAAUACAUUAAAAUCAAAUGUAUUACAAACAAUGCACUGAAACUUGUCAUGGUUGUGGCCACUUAGUGGGUUAAUUUUAUAUGACUAAAAUAAAACAUUUUGGAUACAUUGCAAUAAAUUAAAAGCCUGUCAUGAUCAAGUAUGUGUUCCGUAAAAAUGUCAUUGCAGUAGCUGUGUAUAUUCUUAAUUUUAUAUCUUGACAUUUUUCAGAUUCCUGACAGCUUGUGGCAUAACACUAUUUUUCUCUUGUUCCAUAGAUUGUGGAAAUUAUAAUUAGUGUCAUCAGUAUUGCCGUGGAGAAUUUGUUUGCAUGGCUUACGUUCUAUCAUGAUGAUAGUGCUGUUGGUCCUUCAGCUCUGUGUGACCAUCAAUUUCUGUGUUUUGACUGGGAAAGCUUUGUGCAAAAAGGAUGAAGAUGCAAAGGUACUGUAUCAUCAGCACUAUUACAACAAUCAAUCAGUCAAAUUCAGAAAGAUACUUUGUAUGUUCAUGUUUGUUUGUGGUUUGUGAAACUUAACAAGCUGCUCACUGAAGAUGCAUGACAAGAUGACCACAAACAUUUAAAGUUAUUUGUGUUGCUUGUAAUGGAAUGCCAUUUUGUCUCUCAAUAUAGUAGAAUAAUUUAAAGCAGACCUCCUGCAACACUGAAAGGGCCAGAUUUACUAAACAGGGAAAAUUAGUGUAAGAACACAAUCGCAUAAAAGCAUUGAUGUUUGUGGAAAGUUCUGCGGAUGAUCAACUGAUAAUGUAAUAAUGCGCAAAUUAAUGAUCAUAGAUGCAUUCAGAGCAUUCCCAUAAUGACCAAUGCAAAAAAGCAGUGCAAAUUAGCCUAUAGGAUCACAAACAAGCAGAGCCUAUAAUGACGCAGGCACAAAAUUGGUUAAGAUUUAAUAAAUAAUAACUAAAAUAAAUUAACUAAAAAUAAUUAACAAACUACAGAAGCUAUAUUUCAGAUUUGCCCUGAAACCCUUUUUAAAAAAUCUUUCUUUUGUAUGAUUUUCAACAUUGUGGAGUGAAGGUAAGUAGCCUAACAUUUAAUAUUAUUAACAACAUUGCAUAAUAAUAUUAUUACUGAACAGUAAUUGAAUCAUGAACAACAUUCCUGUUAUACUUGUUUACAGAUUUAAGUCACUGCUGGGAAAAUUAAAACUCCACCUUAAAAAAAAAAACAUCUUCGCUUAUCUGGACUGAGAUUCACAGACGUGCCACACAAGUCUAGAGGGUUUGGCCAUUGUUACCUACCACAUCUGUUCAGCACUGCAGCAUGACUCUGACAGUGUCUCGGGGUGAAGGUUUGACAAUCAUCACCAUCACCUCAAACCCAAAGAGCAAAUGGCCCGUACUGUGUGAGAUUCUGGGUUUUCUGUGCUACAGUCCAUCAUGUUUUGUAUCUCAAGGUAUGAAAGGGAAGCUGAAGGACAUCCACACAGCUCUUGGAAUUGUGCAGAUGUUAAUUGGUGUCCUCAAUAUUGCUGUAGGGAUUGUGUUUACGUGCGUCGGGCUUCACUAUGACAUGUAUAGCAUAGCCCAGGGAUCCUUUUGGCUCGGCAGUGUGUUCCUUUUAUCUGGAAUUGUGUGUAUACUUGCAGCUAAGUUUCCCACUUCUUCUCUGCUGAUAAUGGGGAUGAUCCUGAAUGGAGUCAACUUUGCAUUGGCUGUUGUAACUGUUGUGGUGUAUUCAGUGGCCCUUGCAAAUGAUCAUAAUGAAUAUAGAGGAAUUUGCAAUUAUUAUUCACCUUAUGAUUAUGGAACGCCUUCCCCUAAAGAAAUUGGAAUAAAAGAGAUCUGUCUGUCCUACAAGAAUGAGAUUAUCUUCAGGGGACUAGAAAUCAUGAUGAUAGUGCUGUCGGUCCUUCAGAUCUGUGUGACCAUCAGUUUCUGUGUUUUGACUAGAGAAGUUUUGUUCAAGAAAGUUGAGGAUGUAAAGUCGGUGGAGGAUCCAGAACUUCACAAGCCGCUCCUGGAAGACGCCACUGCUGCUGCUGCAUGUUAGAGAGACAUGAGUAACACAAAAGCAUGUUGUCUUAAUACUGUUGUGAAAAGUUUACAGCAGAUCUUCUCCAUUUGUAAAACUGUAGAAAUUGAAUUACAUGUUUAUUUAGGGGCCAAGCACCAAAGGUGCAUUGUAUCCGUUAGUGUUCUUAUUAGAGGCCACACACCGAAUGUGCGGAUAGGCACCUAUUGUGUCCGUUAAUGUUCUUCUUCUUCUUCCACUCUGGAACUCAAUGGCAGCCCAUUGAACCGUAUGAUAAAAAUUUGUGAAAUUUGGCACAAAGAUAGAGAACAUUUUCAAAUAUAAUCACAGCAAAUUUGGAGUCUCUAACGCAAAACCUCUCGCGCCACCACUUUUCCAAAUUUGCACUCAUGUUUGUGCUAACUUUUCAACCAAAGGUCUAGAAACCUGUUUUUUCCCCCACUCCGAUUCCUUGGUGAAUGUACCAUAAAAAUGUGUCCACCAUUUCACAUUUUUCGGAAAACCUAUUUUUUCAAACUCCUCCUAUUCCAUUUGUCCGAUUUUCAUGAAAAUUGAAUUAUAUCAUCUUCAGACCACAUCGAAUAAGGCAUGAACCAAUUUGUCGAAGAACUUGCCAAAGUGGACGUGAGGCUAUAUAUCAGCAACUCUUUAGCAUAUUCAGAUCAAACUUGGUGUUUGUUAUGACAACCAUGAUCUGAAGUUACCUUUCAGCACAGCGCCACCUAGUGGUCAGGAGACCUAAAAAUUGGCUAUUUUUGCUUAAAACUUUUGAACGGUUUGGCCAAAAAUCACGAUAUCACAAAGUCGAACGAUAUCCAAUUUUCCCAUGUCAGCCAUUGUGAACUUUGUCGUAAAAUGCUGUAUUUUACGAAUGCAUUGACAUAUCAUCACAAAACUUGAUAAGUGUCAUCGGCACCAUGCUCUCAAGGUACUCAAAAACAUUUGAAGCAGUGCCAAUUUAUGUUUAAAAUUAUAAUCAAAUUAAAAUUAAUCAAAUUAGUUUUGCCUUUUGCUUGCUUCUGUAGUACUUGGUCCUGUAAUUGCUGCUCGCAGCUAUAUUUACACUUAUUGCCAUUUACAAAAGUGGUGUUACCGUUGAUUUCUAUAUAUUACAGACCCUGGGUGUUACCUUUUAUUAACCUAUUCAGUUUUGUUGUGGCUGCUUUUGUUUUAAAUAAAUGAC